GUCUGUCUCAUGUCUACUGCAGGGGUCAGCCGUGAGGAAGUACACUUUCAACAGUACUAUCAGACCUUUGGGUGGGUCAUUGACCCAAAGCCUGAAGGAGGCGCCAUGGUGAUCCCCAUGCAGAUGCCGGCGGUGUCGGCGCACUUCCCCGCGCCCACGGAAGGUGCAGUGAAGCGAAUGAAGUUUUCCAUCCUCGGCAUUGGAGGCAGCAUGGUUGGCCGGCUGCUCUGCGCCAUCGUGCAGGGCUUCAUCGGGCAAGACAUCUUCGGGAUUCUCUACAUGUUUGUGAGCUUCACAUGCGGUGUUUUCAUGUUCAAGGAAGAUGAGCGCUUCGCUAAAGUCUACCAGUGCCUGGCCUCCAGCAUCUGCCAGACCUGUGCCGAACGAGGCUUGGGCGGCACGGCGUGUUUGGUGCCGUUCAUGGCCUUUUCCAUCAUCAACGUGGUCACCGACCUCAUCAUGCGGAUGGCCGCAUUGGCGUAUUUUCCCUAUGGACUCUUCGUUCUGGCCAGCUGGGUCACACAGGGCGCUGGAGCCUACUUUGCCUGGACAGCGUCACCUGGUCGAUGGUUUCGAUCGCCGACUGCGUCCGAGUCAGAAGACUUUCACUGGAGCAUCCCGUGGCGCUUUGGAACGCGGCGCUUUGGAACACGGUCCUUACAUCAUCUGAUGUUGACCUACCAGGAUACCUUGGGGCUCCAAGUUUUGAUCUAUCAAUCUUCUUUUUGUGACAUCAAUGAAUCAUUCAUCCGUAGUGUGGACUGGCCAAGCUCCGUUUGAAGCAUCUACAGCAGUGGCCCAAUGGUUUCAUGAUGAGCACUGAUCCAGUCCCAAAACAUCCUGCUGCCACCAAAGGCUUCCUGUUGGAUUGACUCCAGAGUCCAUAAGAUCUCAAACCUUUCUUCGGCGAUUCUUCGCAGAAAAGGUCAAGAUCCGACGCCUUGAUCCGCCUAACUAGCAAACUGACACCCAAAAAUAUCACAUGAGGCAUGAGGUAAAGUAUUUAAUGUGGGUCUCGCUGCGAUCGGGCCUCAGCCAAGGGCUUUAUGGCCUUGCUGUUUCAGAAUUUCACUUGCAACCUACCAACAAAGCCAGGUGCCACCCCCUGCCCUGUGUACGUCUCACUCUGCAAUGCUUUGGCAUCUUUUGGCUUGAACUUGAGCUCUUUGAAGGCCUCUCCUGUGCAGCUCUCUUUGUUCCAAAGC